CCUCAAGUACACCACCUCUUCCACCACCCGAUCGCCGAUCACUCCUUCUCUGCCGACCGCAAGACUCUCGCCGUUGCUAGAGACAACACGGUCGAGCUGUACUCUUCCAAUGGCUCCCGCUUCGCCUUGAACGACGAGCUGCGCGGCCAUGACAAGCUCAUCACCGGCGUCGACAUUGCUCCCAACUCGGGCAAGAUAGUUACCUGCUCUCAAGACCGCAAUGCAUACGUCUGGGAGCCUUCGAACGGCUCCUGGCGCCCCACUCUUGUCCUCCUCCGCAUCAACAGAGCCGCCACAUGCGUGCGAUGGUCUCCCAACGAGGCCAAGUUCGCUGUCGGAAGCGGUGCCAGAGUUGCUGCCAUCUGCUACUUUGAAGAGGAAAACGACUGGUGGGUGUCCAAGCACCUCAAGAAGCCCCUUCGUAGCACCGUCACCAGCGUCGCAUGGCACCCCAACAGUGUCUUGGUUGCUUUGGGCAGCACCGAUGGCCAUGCUCGUGUCCUCAGUGCCUUCAUCAAGGGUGUCGAUGAGAGACCGGCGCCCUCGGUCUGGGGUGAGCGUCUGCCAUUCAACACCAUCUGCGGAGAGUUCUUGAACCAGACUGCUGGUUGGGUCAAGAGCGUUGCCUUCAGUCCUUCUGGAGAUGCCGUCGCCUUUGUCAGUCACGACUCGACCAUGACUGUCGCUUACCCCGCCGGAGAAGGCCAGCCUCCUCACGCAGUCAUCAACAUUAGCACGCAAGUCCUCCCCUUCGCUGAUCUUCUCUGGAUUGCUGAGGGUGAGAUUGUUUGUGCCGGCUAUGACUGUGAACCUUUCCGUUUCUCGGGCUCGGCAUCCGGUUGGUCGCUCGUAGGAUCGCUUGACAGCACUUCAAAGUCUGGCGCAGCAAACCAGCGCGACGAGUCUGCUCUCAACAUGUUUAGACAGAUGGACCUCCGCGGCAAGGUUAUUGACGAUACACAACUCAAGACCGUCCACCAAAACUCCAUCAGUACUGUCCGCGCAUAUGCCGGUUCUCCUGAUGCUGUCAGUCAAAUCAGUACUAGUGGUGUCGAUGGUCGCGUCGUUGUCUGGAACCUG